AUGAGGAUUUCCAGUGUUGUGGCGUUGCUGCUUCAUGCGCUUGUAAUGUCCAGAUCAGUGAGCGGUGCUGCAGUGGACCGAUAUGAAGGGGACAGACUGAGCAACACAGCGGUCAUCAACUUGCUGGCAUCAACUCAAGACAAAAGGACAGAGCAGAGCUUGUCUGUGGCCACGACCACUAUGGACUACACUCAAGAGGACGAAGACUACAAGGAGGAGCAGGAAUACUACGAUGAAGAGUACGAAGAUGGACUGUCGGGGGAUUAUGAAAUGCCACGAGUCUCAAUGUCAAGCAAACCAAAUGACCCUUCGUCUAUCUUGGAGGCUGAAAAAGCAGAGGGCACCAGAAGGAGAGGGAAUGGGAGAAAAAAGGGGAAGGGCAAAGGUAGAAAAAGAAAUCCUUGUUUAAAGAAGUAUGUGGAUUACUGCAUUCAUGGAACCUGCCGAUACAUGAGGGCCAUCCGUGCUCCCGCUUGUAUCUGCCAUCAGUGGUACUCUGGGGACAGUAGUGUUGUCAUCUGUCUGUCUCACGAUUAUUGGGCUUUUAUUAAUGCUAAGGUUUCAUAA